AUGGACUCUCCAUACGCCGACCCUCGGCAGCCCAACCACAACCAAACAAUCACUACAUUGCAUAUGCCGCAGGCAUACCGGGGCCAACAAGUCAUGAACCGGAUGCUCCUCCGUUCUGGGGCGCACCACAGAGCGUACGCCGGUGGCUCGAUGCAUGGCGCGCCUCUCCUAGACGAGCGUCGGUACACCGUCCCACAGCGCCCAAGCAACCCACUUGCCAAGUCGACGAUGCCCAGGACAUCCUUGUAUGGGCCACCGUACGGCCUUCCUCCGCUCGGCGGUCCGGGGGUCGGCCACCACAACUUCGAACGCCCCGUUGCGCCGUACAACCAAGCUCAGGGCUACUCGGACUUCGCCAAUGCUCUCACUAUGGGCCCGAUGCCCGGUGGUCUUGGCUAUCAUGGCAGCGUCGCAGGCCCCAGCGCGGGGCCGUCUAACGGUAUACCGUCCCACGGUUAUCAACACGAGCCUGUCCACCAGAAUCAGCAGGGGGCUAUCCUCCAGUCGACGCUCUCGAGCACUUACAACCAGAGUGGUGCCAUGGUUCAGAGCCGUCAGCUCACCGCUACCGGCCACUACUACGGGGAAAUGCGCGCCCAUACCGCAGGCAACGUGAACCACCCGCCCGCCAUGGCGCCUCCCGACGCUAAUCCGUUCGACCCCUUCCAACACGCGAUGUAUCUCGACCCGCUGGCCGCUGUUGCGGCGCCAGUCCCUGCGCCGGCCACUGGCGUAUUGCCAGGAGGCCCACUGUUCCCGGCGGGGCUCGCGGCUGGGGUCCCCGGUGGUGCCACCAACUUCGGUCAGGCAAUCAACACGGACGGCUCCGGGUAUGGGCAUGGGGAGUUGUAUCGGGGAGGAGACAUGUAUCGCGGGAUACUCCCUGACGAAGGCUCGUUCGGCCCAACUGAAGGUCGACUGAACGACUUGCCGGCGCGCAUGCCGCAUGGCGUCGUGCGUACCAUCCCACGCCACACUACUCGCGGGUAUGCGCACCCUGGCGCGCCAUAUCCUUCAUCUCGGGUCGCCGCUCCUAGCGCAGACCCGGAUACGAACAACUUUACAUCAAUCAUCGACAUCGUCCUGGGAGGUAUCCAGGACAACAUCAGCGACGGAGUCCAGCCGUCGCACCACGGUGCAGCACAGGCAGUGGCUGGGCCGUCUACAAGCUUAUCAGCGCCCGCGAACGAGGCCGACCUCACAGGAUGGCAGCUCCAGCGCUUGCACUGGAUCUCCAAAAAGUUUCUCGACCAGUUAACGCCUGCUCAGAGUGGUGCUAUGGUAGACAUGUUUGCGGAGGGCACGGAGAGGUCGGGAGGAGGGUGGCGAUGCAUCUGGAUCGAAAGCAACGGUGUUCCCUGCAAAAAGAGCGGCCAAAAUUUCACGACUCAUGGGUUGCGCGACCGGCACGUAUACGAGACGCACCACCACCACAAAGUACUCGUGGGCGACAAGGAGUACACUCGGCCGCUCGUGGGCGUCAGUGGGGGCAGAACCUGCCGCUUUUGUCCUCAAUACAUCCCCCGCUGUACUGACGGCGGCUACAUGGCGUUGCAACACGAAUGGGCGUGCUGGAAUAACCCGGACCGCCUUCCAGUCGCAGACUUCCCGGGGAAGAAAGCGUUGGAAGCGAAGCGGGCAGCGCUGAACUUGAGCGACAUCAGCCUGGCCAUAAACUCCAUUGCGAAUGAAUUGAGGAUCGCGAGGGCGAGCUAG